CCAAAUUCGGGGAUCUCUAUCUAUCUCUGGUUUGAAUGUAAAUUGGUAGUCAGUGAUGAAGAACACCACCAAUACCAACAGCAACAACACGAAACUCAUCCUCCUCCAUUCCUCGCUCCACAAGCAAGUAGGGGCUCACCGUCUAUGGGUUCUUGCCUUCGUCUCCUUAUUCACGUUCGCCUUCCUUCUUACCCUAAUCAACACUAGGAAUUUCAUCACCAAUUCCUCCUCCUCCUCCCCUUUUCCUGGCAUUAAUGGCCAAACCCGGUUGACUACCACCGUCGCAGAUGUCCUCCUCCACUACACCGCCAAUUCCAACACCACCGACAAAAUGACCGCCGCCGAGCUGAAAUCCAUCGCCGAAGCCCUCAGCAGUUGCCCCUCCAACCCCUGCAAUUUCUUAGUUUUCGGGCUCACCCACGAAACCUUCCUCUGGAAAGCCUUGAAUCACAAUGGCCGUACUGUUUUCCUGGACGAGAACGAGUAUAAAAUCGCGAAAUUAGAGGAGAAACACCCCGGCAUGGAAGCGUACGACGUGUCUUACACAACCCAGGUGAGCCAGAUGAAGGAACUGAUCAUGUCUGCAAGGGAGCAUAUUCGGAAGGAGUGUCGACCAGUCCAGAAUCUGCUCUUCUCCGACUGCAAGCUUGGGAUCAACGAUCUCCCCAAUCACUUGUACGAGGUGGCUUGGGAUGUGAUCUUGGUUGAUGGGCCCAGAGGGUAUAACCCGUCAGCGCCGGGGAGGAUGUCGACGAUCUUUACCGCCGGUGUUCUGGCGAGGAGCAAGAAGGGUGGGUAUUCGAAGACCCAUGUGUUCGUUCACGAUUUCAAUAGGGAGGUGGAGAGGGUUUGCAGUCAGGAGUUCCUUUGCGGAGAGAACAUGGUGGAGUCCAAGGACCUGCUAGCCCAUUUCGUAGUUGAGCGAAGGAAUGGCUAUGUCUCGGAAUUCUGUCGCAACCCUACAUCGCCAUUGAUGUCAUCAGUAUCAACAUCAUAAUCCUCUUUAUGAGCUGAUGAUUACUGGAGCAUCCAAUAGAAAUUUCAUCCUUUGUUAAUUUACAGUUUUUUUUUUUUUUUUUUCUUUAUACAUAUUUACAUAGUGAGGGAAAGGUGUUUGUGUAAUUGUGUCAUAUAAUUUUCAAAUACAGGGUUUGAAAAUGAAA